AUGAAGGUUUUAGUUCUAAUAAGUAUCGUCCUCGCGCACUGCAGCUGGAGUUAUGGUUCUUCUGGCCCCGAAGGUGCAAGUGCUUUUGCCUACGUAGAUACUGCUGGAAAUAGAUUUAGGAGAUUCCUUCCGCCAUUACCGCCUUUGGCACCGUUGCGACCAUUACCACGGCUCAGACCAUUUCGCCUACCGUUCAUGUUUCCUUGGUUGCCGCCGCUGCCGCCGUUGCCGCCGUUAGCUCCAUUAAGGGAUAUACUUGGUAACAUAGAGAAUCAGCAGCGGGCGGCGUUCGAAGCUGCACAAAGCUCCUUCGACGCUUUUAACUUUAUCCCUUACAUUCCGAAUUUCGACUAUAGGUUCCAACCCUACGAUCAUUUCAACUACUUUGGAAGCAGGGGCGGAGGACAGUUCGGUAUGUCGGGCAGGAACAGUGCAUUCGCAGCCGCGACUCUUGGACCUGGAUACAGGCAUCAGGUGGCUGCUAUCAACCCCGCAAACCCACGUAUGCCGAACGUAGACACGUCGAGCCAAUAUCCACAGAACAGCAACGGUCCAGGCAAUGACUUCUACAGUGUCUCCAGUUCCUCGUACGCGUCUUCGGUGAACGACAACGGUCAAUUGAAGAGCCAAAGAGGCGCCGAGACGGUCGUCAACGACCGCGGACAUGUCACCAAAUACAGCGUUCAUAGU